UCUAACCCAGAGGCUGCUCAGCUCCCCACGUGCACAGCAACGGCCGAGCAAGAGCCUCUUCCGGCUCCGGCCGCCUGGCGGUGCCCGAGUCGGGGAGGGUACAGCACCAGCUGACUGUACCCACAGGGCUGGGGCUCUUCUGCAGGGUCCAGGAGGGACGCAGCAGCCCAGGGCACCCCGUGGUCGGAUCAUCUCCUCAGUCGCUGUCCCGGUCCGGGUGGGCGAGGCUGGGAGGCUCCGUCACUCUAGGAAGAAGCCCAGCGCAUGGGGGAGCAUCCCCCCAGGCUGGACAUGCCGGGAUUGGCUGGGGGAAGCUGACGGAUCCACCUGGACCAGCUACAAGGGAUCCAGCGGGAUCAGCUGGGGAUCCCCCAGCCGCCCCGUCGGACAUGGACUUGUAGCUACCUCACCCGCUGCUGGGAAUGGAGCCAGUUGCUCCCCAGACCCCCUGCCUGGGCCCUGACCAACCACAGCCUAGGAGCUGGGCCACCGCAGUCAGGCCUUGGCGAGCUGGGAGCUGUGAUGGCCCGCAGGGGCCGGGGCCCUCCCCGCGUUUCCAAGUGAGGCCCCUGCAGGAGGCGUCGGCCCAGAGGGCCUUUGGCCUCCCGAGCCUCAGCCUGCAGGAGCGGAUCAGGUUCUUCCAGAAGAGCUUGGCUGCAAGCGAGGAACCUGGCCCCCGGGCCCCGCAGGCCCCCAGGACCCGGGGGAGGGGGGGCCAGGAGCUGAGGCCCAGUGGCAGGGACUGGCCGCCCCGCAGGAGUGAGGACAGAGUCCCGUCUAGCGGGGGCCCAGCCCUGCGCCCCAGCAGCUCCGGGCCCCCUGCCCGGAUGGAGCCAGCUGGCGAGACGCGGCCUCGCCCAGGCGGGGGCAGGGGCCGCAGCGUGGGGCCAGGCUGCUCCGUCAGGGAGCAGGUUCGCUCCUUCGAGCUGCGCUUCGGGGCGAGCCAGGCUCCCUGUGCGGCUGCUGCCCCCCGGGGCAGACAGGCAGCCGGGGGCAAGGAGCAGGAGCCACGGCCCCCCAAGAAAGGGCAACAACUCUCAGCCCUGCCAGCCAGGCUGUGCCUGCCCCAGCUGGAGCCACCGGCCCCUGAGCAGCCCCAGGGGGGCAGGAGGGCAGGAGCCAGGGCCCCAAGGCUGCCCCGGACCCCCACAGACGCCGGCAGACCCCAGGCGGCCUGGGGGGAAGGUCCAGCUGGUGAGGGGCUGCCAGGGGCCAGGCCUGCUGGGGGGCCAUUCCAGAGCUACCUGCCCAGGUUCAGCCCCCUGACAUCCUCCCCGCUCCCCACAGAGGGCAGGGCCCUAGAGCCGCCCCCGGCCCUGCCCCCCACCCCCUGGGGCCUGGGGGAGUCCGACGGGGACGACUCUGACUCCACAGAGUCCUCACUCACUGCCCCCAGUGAGCAGAGCCAGCCGGACGGCAGGAGCUUCGCUCUCAGCGUGGCCGAGCUGAGGGAGUUUGGCCUGGACGAGGGACACUCAGCAUCUCUGAACUCCAGCCUGUCCGGCCUGUCCAUGGUGUCCCUGAUCCCAGCCCAAGACCUGGAGCAGCUGCUGGAGGAGGUGAAGGGCCUGGGAGAUGAGAGCCAGCAGCACCUCCAGGAGAUCCAGGUGGUCGUGCUGCACAAGGACGAGGGGGCCGGGCUGGGCUUCAGCCUCGCAGGGGGCAGCGACCAGCACAAGAGGGUGACGAUCCACCGCGUCUUUGCCGGCGGCCUGGCCGCCCAGGAGGGCACCAUCCAGCCAGGGGAUGAGGUUCUCUCCAUCAACGGGCACUCGCUGGCGGGCUGCAGCCAUGGGGAGGCGCUGCGAACGCUGCACCGGGCCCGGACCGCCCGGCAGGCCAUUGUGGUGCUGCGGAAGGCGGGAGUGGAUGGGCUCCCCAACGGCUCCCUCCCAGUGCCGGGCCCGCAGCCUCCUCCAUCAGCACCAGACACCAUGGUGAGGCCCGUGCAGGUGGUGAAAGACGCCAAUGGACUCAGAUUCAGCCUGGACGGGGGACGGGGGUCGCUGCAGGGGGACAGGCCACUGACCGUCAAGAAGAUCUUCCAGGGGGGCCCCAAGGACCUACUGCAGCCUGGGGACGAGGUGCUCCAGAUUGGGGACCGGAGCCUGCAGGGGCUGAUGCGGCUGGAGGCCUGGCAGCUCAUCAGGGCUCUGCCCAUGGGACCCGUCCAGCUGCUUGUGAGAAAGAAGGGAAAGCCCUGACAGCCAUGAGAUCUGCACCCAAACUGGACUUGAGCCCCCGACAGCGCCGGCGUCUCCAGAUGGCUGGGGCAGAUACAUGCCUCCCGCAGCGCCAGCACAGAGAUGGUUUUCUCUGCGGGGGUCUUGUUUCC